CAUGUCGACGACGGACGUGUUUCGCAUCGCGCAACAGGGACCGACUGCCGAAGAGGAACAAGGAAGACUAAAGGCUGAUCUGCAAUUCCUCCGAAGGAGGGGACUUCUGAAGGCGUCGGGUGAACUAUCGUACCAAGGACGUAAAUGCACCAGAUGCGGUGCACCGUUUGGUAAAUUUUACAACACCGGUGCUUCGUGUACACGCUGCAGGCACAGAGUUUGCAGACAGUGCCGUAUCGAGGUCAGGAGCCCUACCGAUAACAAAGACGUCGAAUGGAUCUGUAACGUUUGCUAUAAGAUCGCGGAACUGCAUAUCGUCACCGGGAAGUGGACCUACGAGAAUUCGGUGUCCAAAGGAUCUAUAAAUCAGAAGGCACCGUCCCCUGUGGAAAUUUUGAAGCAUAGUAUUAGACGAGCUUGGACUAUUAACGGUCCACCCACACGUUGGUCAGCGGCGAGGAAAUCGCCGGAACUGCGCAUAUAUCGGAGCUUGCCGUCUCGUCAUCAAGAAUACCGAGAAAUCAUCAACAAGAACGAAAUCGUAAAACUCCUCGACACAGAAAGUUCGAACACCGAUGAAAAGGAACGAGUUGCCACCGAGGCAAACGAACAGUCCGGCGAGUGUAAUGGUUCCGCGAGAAACGAUCCGUACAAAGAUGCAACGGUGAGGAACGAAACGAUUAUCUUUGAAAAAUGCACACUACGAUACGACACCAACGAACGAACGAACGCAAAACGAGGGGAGAAAUUAUCGAAUAAGCAGGAAGAGGACGUGCCAUCUUCAGAUGCCAUAAAAGCGAAGAGAAACGAGCGAUUCGUUGCAACGAACGAUAAUAAAGCGAAAAUAGAAGAGCAAGACGAGUCGACAAGUAGUCAAGAGCAAACUACGCCGAGAGUUUCUUUGAUAAAGCCACCGAAGAUAUUAACGAAAUUCAUCUCGCCGGAGAUUAAAUCGACCCAAGUUAAGCAUGGAGAAAGAAAAUCGAAUAUUCCUAUAUUCAGGAGGAGCUCCAAGGAAUUCGAGGACAUCAGAAGCCCGCAAGAAUCACCGAAACGUUCUCUCAUCCCUCAAAGAUACCGAGGGAGCACUGAUGAUCUGCGACGCAGUCGCGAGGAUAUAAGCGUGCCCAGCUUAAUCCCCAAAUUAAUCUCUCCGAGAAGCAAGGAGGAUCGUUUGAAACGACAGGACAGCAAGGACGACAUCCGGUGCGUGCCGAAGACAGCUCGAAAGGACUCGAAGGAAGAAACGCGAAGCACCGCGUUCCAAUCGGUGGCUAAGGAGGAUUCUAAGCACGGUAUUCGGCUGUUCCGACGGGACAACAGCCGCGAGGACGUGGGUAGGGAGAGCGCAAAUUCAAAUGCGAAUAGCGCGGCCGUUGCUGCAAAAGGAAAGCAAGUCGGCAAAGAGGAGAAGCAGGAGAGGACGGAGGAACGCGUGGGCGUCUCGAGCACGUCGAAAUCGAAGUCAACGGUGCACGAACAAGGCAGGACGAAGGUACCAGGCAGAGAAGGCAGCAAGGAAAGCCGCGAUGGCAAGUCAUCGAGAAACGACGAGGAGGAGCCGUGUGUAGAGCAGUAUGAGAGAGUGAGAACAGAAGAGGCGGCCAACGAACAGACGAUGCUCGACGUGGUCGUCACCGACGAGAAACUGCUGGAAGAGCAAGAAGGCGUGAAGAAAGGCGAGAAGGAGGUGAAAAAGGAGAUACAUGCAACGGAGGCGGACAAAGAGGAAGAAAGCUCGAUGGUCGAAGUGGUAGAAGCGUUGGAGAAUAACAAGAACGUGGACUCUAUGAAGGAGACCGCUGAAAGUUUAGUUGAAAAUCCUGAAACUGAUGUCACUGCUUUGGGAACGUAUGAAAGGAAGGAUACUGUUCAUGGGAGAAAGUCCGACGAGUUUCAAGUGGUGCGGCGGAAGUUUUCCAAGGAGGAAUUUUCGAACCCCGAUGAUACGGAUGAUACUCCCAACAAACGCUGCUCCAGUCAUUUGUCUCCCGAAGCAAGUCCACUGAGCACAAGAUCAUCGAGAUAUAGUCCAAGGGAGAGUGAGAGCGAACCAACCCCAGCGCUUCCACGGAAAACGGCAGAUUCGUGCUCAGCAUCCCAAAGAAUACGAGAUGCAAUCACGAGGACCAGGAGAGAAUCGAACAGCAGUGCUAGAUACGAGAGUAGCGGUAGCGAGAGCGUAAGAUUCAGCGAGAUUGGCCUUCAUGGGUACGUAGAACUGGCUAGGAAAGUAAAGUUCUUCAGUGGAAACGGAAAUGGUACUAUUCCGUCGACGAUCGGAAGUGAUGAAGUAGUGCAACGCGAUAGCGCAACAAGUGCAGGGGAAGAUGAGCCGCACGAUGAUAAUCAUGGAAGAACAGGUCCCGUUUCUUCUCAAGGAAGAAGCAUGCUUCGAAGAAGAAGGCAAUUCGAUGCUCAAGGUUCCCGACGAAGAGGGCGAUCUCACGCGAGGACCUGCUGCGCCGAGGAGCUACAGGGUUUCCAGACUUUACACGUGAUCGGUCGUGACGGAAGGCAGCAUAGUCCGACCGGAAAUCAGGCGCAGGAUCAGCCGUUGGUCGAUUACAGGCGGCUGGUGUUCAUCAGCUCGGACUCAUCUUCCGGCCGCGAGGAGGACGACGCUGAUAGCAGUUGUUCCAGUUCCUCAUACCUGAACGGGCUGCCACGUGCCGGCAGCCAUACACAGUCCCUGGAGGACUGCGACUGGGAUUACUUCGAAAGUGGAUCCUUGCCACUGCCAAUCGGCGUGCCAGUUACCAUUGGCACGAACAACGUGGGGACGGACACCAGCGGCGGACAAGACUGGAGCUGCUGUCCUGGACGUGGUUCCACUGCUUGUCAGGCUUGCGGAGGUUCUCGCGGAGCGAACGUGCUGCCAGUGCCAGUACCAAUCCCGGUACCGGUCCCGUAUCCAGUACCCGUCCCAGCAGCUCUCUGGACCAGCGAUUUCGCGGCCGCUGCAUCAUCGAUGAUAAGCCGGAGCAGCGAUGCUCAUGCUGAACCAGGAACACUGCGGUUAAGAGGCGACCCAGCUGCACCCUGGUUCGCUUGGCAUCCACGAUUCAAUCAGCCUCUUCACGGGACCAGGCUCGAUCCACGUUUAACCGGUGUCUUCGACCCGACAACGUGCACUUUCAGGCCCGAUCAAGUACUGGCGCCUCCGUUGUACAGGUCAACUAUCGAGACGUCGUCUAUUCCAUCGACAGAGGAGCUUCAUCAAAGAUUAAACAGCUUGCAGAUCAAUCAAGAUGAGAACGACGACGCGGGAGUGAACGUCGUAUCGAAAUCCGUGGAGGCGUUUCAGGACGGAGCUGUGUUGGACAUCUCGAACGAGUCGAAAAUCGUGGAACAAUCCUCGACGAAUGUACGGGAGCAAUUGGACGAGUCGAAGGACGUGCAGAGCCAAGAAAACUAUGACGAGACGAACGAGACAAAGGAAAGCGAGGAAACGGACUGCCAAGAUUCCGUGAGCGUGUCCUUCGAAAGCAGAAGAGGACAGAGAAUGUACCAGCACGAGGAUUCUGGCAGCUCCUCCGGUCGCUCAUCUGCAGACAGUUCUGAUCUAGAGGAAGAUUCCUCCUCUCAUAGAUUCUCGAGAGUGUUUGUCGUUAACGAUGAUUCUCUCACGAGCGAUAACGAUAUCGAAGAUAAUGGGGACGAGGAUGAAGACUCCGAUUCUGCUGCAGAGGAUAGCGUUACUUUGAAGAGGGUGACGGCCCUUCCGGAUGGAGAGCCGGUGGUUUUGCAGUACGUUCGAUUUCUCAACGAGGAUUCGAAUUUCGAGGAUGUGAAUAGAGAUCGAACGGAGGGGAGAGGGAUCAGCAAAGGAAAUUCGGAGGAGGAGGAGAAGAUGAGAUCGAGUUGUAAGGAAGACGGUUCGGAGGAUAGCGAUAAAUCGAUGUCGGACCGAAUCGGAAAUGUUAACGAAAAGCGGAAGACUCGUGGAAAGAGGAACAGCUCGGAAACGAGUAGCGAUAAGAGGAUUUCUCUGUCGCUGCAACAACGUGAGAUGCCUGAGGAAAUGUAUAUUGCAAGCGACAACGAUUGUUCUGAACAUCAGGUCGAGUUGAAGUCUAUCAAAACCUUGGAUCCUGACAGCAUUGAGCCGGUCAUCGUUAAUAAUACUAUUGAUACUGACACGGAGCAAAUAGAAACUACGUUCGAGAAGAGAUUAUUCGAGAAGAUUGAAAACGACAGGUCAAGAGUUGAAGAACGUGAAUUAUUAAGCCAAAUAACGUCUAACAACGAAGAUACAAAUUUAGACAAUCAAACGCAGCUAUUAUCGACGGAUGCAUGGGACUCGAAUAUAAUUCCAGACUCCUUAGAGAUUUCCGGGCAGCAGAUAUUAAGUAGCCACAGUUUAAACGCCGAGAGUAACGCGGAAAGCUUCGAAUUUCGCGUUUCAACGCCAUUGAUAAACCGUAGAAACGAGAACGGUACUGAUUGCGAGGAAAUUGGAGAAAACGAUUAUUGCGACAAUGGGAUCGACAACUCGAUUACUUUGCCUCAGAUAAUGAGCAACGAGAGCGUAGAUCACGGUAACGAUAACGACGAGCAUGACAUAUCGACGGAUUUAAAUUCGAAUCUGAACGUCACUGCGAAUGUGUCUUCGGGCUCCGACAGUUUCACGAGCAACGAAACGAAUGCGACAGGUAGCGAAGUGAGCAGUGACGAGCUUCACGAGUACGAAGUGACGUCAGCGAACGUCUCUUCGCAUUACGAGAACGAGUUUUCGUUUUCCACGUUGAACAACAGCGAACUGUUGUCGAAGCUGAACAAGAGGAACGAGGAAAGAACGCCGAGGCAGUCGAAUCGUCGCGACAAUGUUGCGGAAAGCUUCAAGGACAACGAUUAUUACAACGAAUCUAUCGUUACCGCGUCGAACAGAACGAAAUGGCACACACAGUACGAGAAAGCAACUAUUGACCAAUCAGCGGAUAACACAAACAAUGAUGGUGUUGCAAGCGUAUGCACCGAGAGUGAUUCAAUGCUGAUCACCACCACGGAGGAUGAUCAAUCCGUUACGUGCCAGGCUGGAAAAUCGGCGACAACGAAGGCGAAAGAUGGCGCGGAAGACAACGACCCAACAUCGGGGAAUCACGUCGGUGGAAUUGAAUUGAAAUCAGCGGGCUGCGACGUGGGCGACAUAAUAACCAACAAGAUUCAAGAGAUGUUCAAGAGCGCGGAGAGCGCAGGUAAAACGGAGAGUGCGCAUGACAGUGGCCUGUGUACGGUGAGAGGCGAGAGUCCUCCUUCUGGUCAGGUGGUAGGAGAGUAUUACGGUGGAGGUGGUGAAGGUGGAAGUGGCACCGACGGUGGAAGUGGCGUCGCUGGAGGCUGCGCGGUAGAGGGGAUAGAAGGGGGUUCGACACGGUUUCGUUCAGUCGAGCGACGCCCGUCUACUCGAAAGGAGAAUGGAUUCCCUCCUGCCGCGUCGACGAAGGAUUCCAUCAGAGACGACGUUCAACACUUUCCCCCAACGGUUUACAAUAAUAAUCUCGGGAACAACAAUAGCAACAAGUACAGAAGCCUUGUGAUGAUCACUCAGGAAGCCUCGUACCAACCAGUGAGCGUGAUCACCUCGGACACAACGACCUUGUUGCAGCCGGAUGAAGUGCAUACGGCUAGCCAGGGUCUGGCCGGGUACUUCCAGCUGGCGCUAGAAGCCGUGUCCGAGCAGCCGCACCGUAAAAAUGGUCAAGGUCCGAGGAAGCCAUUAAUGGUUAAGCGAUUAGCCAGUGCGACGACGAAUCAUUCCGAAACAGAGGUGGACAGCGGACUGAGUAUCGGUAGUGCUAGUGAAAGCGACGAUGUGUCGGUGAAAAAUACGGCGAAAUUAACUGGUCGACAGGAGAACAACGACGACAGUGUCCCGAAGGAUUAUCAGGGUAACGAGGUUCGAGAAGUCACGCGAGCACGUGUCUCCUCGCAGUCCAGCGACGAGAAUUCAGCGAGUGGUGUGGUCGUGAUACUAGAGGAAGGUCUAGCCGACGAUGAUUCAUGGGUGGAGGAAGUUUCGCAUGACGAAGAUGAGCCUGGCGCUACGACAGCCACGGAGGAAAGCUCCGAGGAUGAAGCGAAUAACCUUGGAGACCGCGAGGAGGAACUUCGCGGUUACCAUAGACAAGCUAUCGACUUCACUUUGCACACCAUCGUGGAAGAAUCCUGCGAGGAGAGCGAAGCGGAACCUAGUUUGGCCACAGGUAGCCCAUCGAAGAAGCAGAGACCUCCGUCUGCUUCGGAACUGGAAAAGUACUUCUUCUUCGGUCUCGGGGGAGAUGGUAACAACUCGAGCAUGGGUUCACGCGAGGUGGACAGCUUGUCAGAAACUUCGUCCAUUUAUUCGGAAGGUUUAGAAUCGCUGGGACAGGAUGAAACUCCGGGUAACGGACAGAGCCAAGAGAGAUCGAACUCUGGGGAAGGAUUUUUGAAUUCUUCAAGACUGGAGAAGUACUUCCUGUCGGAGUUUCUAGGUUUCGAUCAAGAUAGACGCGAUUCGGAUGGUUCUGUCGGCAGUGACUCCGAAGGGAGACCCAGCCCUGAAGCGCAGAGAAAGAAGAAGCUGGUCCGUGCCAGAGGCACCGGUAGAUCGCACAGUUCGUCCUUAGACAAUUUGUUAGCUCUUACGCAAAGCUCGCAGAACUUGAGCUUGCAAAAUUCUCUUCAAGAUCUGAGUCUGAAUCAGGAUGCGCAGGAAACUCAAUCGGAAGGCUCCUCCACUGAGACCGACGGUGCAGACGAUGGUCAAACUGCCGCGUUUGGAACCGAUGGCCAAUUCGACACCGUGAAACGAAAAAAGAAGAAACCUCGAAAUCUGGGCACGCAGAGUCCACGUGUUCCCGAGGACAGAAACAAAACACCGGAACCAAGCAGAGAGAUGAUUUUGGUGGGAGAAGUGGUAAUGGAGAACGACGCAGAAGCGAUGAAUUCUGAAGACUCGGAAAGGGCAAAGACUCCUCAACCAGAAUGUAUACUCUCUUCUUCCUCUCCUCCAAUCACUAUGAACAUUUCCGCAACGUCUACAUCGUUAAUCGAUUCCGCCACGAAUAUGCAAAUGAACUCGGGAGAGUCUUUGACUUAUAAUCACAGGUCGAAACAACAAUCUCGAGAUUCGGGAUUCGUAGGUAGCUGUGAUGAUCUCCUCCAACACCAGAAACUGCCUGAUGAUGCUCAAUCUAGUACCGAAAUUAACCAAGAGACUGCAAAGGAUCGUUCCAGCAAGGAGAACAGCGAGAACGAUCAAAACGCGAGUCAGACCUCUACGAAAGGAAUGUUUGGGGUCGAGAAGGGUAGCAUACCUAAGGUGGAUCAUCCACUGAAUCAUACUACACUGCCUCACUUAGCGAAUGCUUCUUUGUCGAGGAAGGAUAGUUUCAACAAUUGGUCCAGCGACGAGGAAACGAAUCUGAUGAUGUCGAAGAUGCGGCAAUUCUUCAAGACGAUGGUCGCCAAUUCGAACGGACAGAAUCAGAAUACCAUUAACACGAAUUCGAGCGGUGCAUCGCCUGCACCAAGUCCUAGAUUACCCGGUUACACAUCUAAGGCCAGACUAUGUCCACAGAAUCGUACAAAACCGCCGCAGUUGGUAUACUUCGAGAACGAGCUCACCAGGCUGAUGAAAACGGUGCCGGGAAUUCGCGAUGAACAAGUGCGUGAGAUUGUCGAGUAUCUCAGUUCUGAGGACACGUGGUCUGAUUCGUACGACAGUUCAGAUUACACUAGCUCGGAUUUAGAGGGAGCAGCCGGUGGUCGUCGAUCAGCGCUGCAGGAGCAAAUAUCGCAGAGCUGCCAGCAGAUAAUCAGUAAAUUCGACACCACGUCGGGUGACAAUCUGUUGGACAGGGAAAGGGAAGAUAAAACUGGACCGACUGGAAUACAGGCUCCGUGUCUGGGCAGAGACACCGCUUUCGUGUACCAGAAGCUAGUCCAGAGUUUCACAAAAAUGGCCGGCGAUGGUGUAAGCUCUGACGCAAAUUCGACACCGCACAGUAGUCCACCGUUGAUCGCAAAAGUGAUGCACCAUAUCGGCAGCCGGCUUGUAGCGCUGAUGCACGAAGUUUCCGAAGGUGGAUCGGCUGUUCAACAUCACACUACCAGCUGGAGACGUUACUCUCAACAUCACAGAACACCAUCAUCAGCGUCUACCACGGAAGACGAUGAUUCUACCUCCGAUUCGACCAACGCGCCUUCGUCGACGCACUUACAACUGCCCAGAUCGAAAUCUCACGAUCCUCUGUUACUCAUCAACAACCAUCCAGCAGCCUCCACUGGCCAAGAAGGUGAAGAACGAGAAGCCAGUGAUUACGAAAGGUUCUCUUGGCGGGGAAGCUUCGAGUCCGCGUUAAUGGCAGCGGAUUCUAGGACGAAACUCAGCCUUUUAGCGUGUUCAGGGGAUAGUGUUGGUGCUAGUGCUAGUGCUAACGCAUUGGCUAUGGCCGCUAAACGCCGCAGUGCUGGGGAUCUGUUGUUCAAUCCAAAGAGCUUUUCCAGAGAACAGUUAGAUAGAGUUAGAAGUUGCGGAUCCAUUGGUGGUGGAAGUGGAGGUGCUGCUAGUGGAUGCGGCGGAUCGGUGGAGGAGAGAAUCUGGAGCAACAGGAGAAGGUCUUCUGUUCCCGACGCUAACACCAGGGGGGAAUCUGACACGUCCGCAGGUGACGAGGACACUGAAGACGAGCUCGAAUACACCGGCGAAUCUCGGGCGACGACCCUUCCACGCGGAAUGCAGUCCGCCAUCACAGCGGCCACCAAUUCUCUGCCGCGUUUACCAGCUUCCACGGCACCAGCCGGCUUAACAACGACGUCAACCACGCCUUCGUCGACGAUGCACAAGGCACACAGUGUCUAUCACUUCUUACCGCAACACUCUAACGUAAAGUCGGCCAGAUACCGUCCACCUGGCUUCGCGAGGAACAGCAACGUUCCUGGCGCAAUUGGCGGGCCAAAGCGCGCGGUCAGCGCUCCAGGACUCCAGAUCUCCGGCUCUCAGUCUUCUGCGGGGAAACGGGACAAUUCGAGAUCGAGAAGGCAGCAGGCUAUAUCUCUCACGCCUGAUGAUGGAAGUAGCUUGUCAGAAGCAUGCAGUACUCCGAUCAUCGGCGCUGGAUCACGAGCAGGCUCUAGUCAUACAGUGAUCGAUGUAGACGAUAUGGAUUCGGGUUUGCAUUCUGGGCAUCUUGCAACGCGUGCAUCUUUAUCAAGUCUUGGAGCACGGUCAGAUUCAAUGGCGUCAGUUUAUAGCGGUGCUGGAGAGGGACGGUGCUGUCGCUCGGUCGUCGUCACAGGAGAAGUCGAAUUCGCCUUGCAAUACGAUUACAAGCACCUAACAUUCGAGGUGCACGUAACGAAAUGCAAGAAUCUAGCGCCGGUUGACGUAAAGCGCAAACGUUCGGAUCCUUAUUGCCAGUUUGUAGGAGUUAUCUACACGUACGUGAAAGUGUACUUACUGCCGGACAAAUCGAAAAGCGGCAAACGAAAAACGAAGGUGAAGAAACACACGCUGAAUCCGGAGUUUAACGAAACGUUGAAGUUCCAUAUGAGUCUGAGCGGCCUAGAGACCAGAACCCUGUGGCUGACGGUUUGGCAUUCAGACAUGUUUGGACGCAACGACUUUCUCGGCGAGGUUCGAAUGCCCCUGGAAAACAAAAUCUUCGACGAUCCCACGCCGAAAUGGUACCCGCUUCAAGAACGAACAGAACCGUUCGACGACCCCGUUGCGUAUAAGGGUGAGGUGAUUGUCGGCCUGAAAUUUGUACCACCGGACCCAACGCAACAGGAGCGAGAUCGCGAAAUAGGAUCGGAUCGUGGUGUUUCCAAGUCGAAGAAGAAUUGGAGUCGCGGCGCGUUGCACGUGCUCGUAAAGGAAGCUAGAAAUUUACAAACCAGGGCAAAGAAUUCAGGAACAUGUGAUCCAUUCUGCAAAAGUUACUUACUGCCUGACAAAGGUCGUUCAGGGAAACAAAAGACUGGAGUGGUUCGCAGAUCUGGCGGUUCACCAGUAUGGGGUCACACUUUCAUUUAUAAAGACGUGAGUCUGCAAGAACUGGCAGAACGUGGACUAGAAUUAACAGUCUGGGACCACGAUCGUAUCGCUAGCAACGAAUUUCUAGGUGGUGUUCGAUUUAAUCUUGGCACAGGAAAACACUACGGGAAACCAGUAGAUUGGAUGGAUGCAACUGGUCGUGAGCUAUCGCUUUGGCAGAACAUGCUCGAGAGGCCUAACUUCUGGGUUGAGGGUGCCGUGACCUUGAGGCCGAAUCUGCAUAAUCAUGGAAAGAACAUCACCUCCUAGGCAUCCGAUGUCGUCUCACAGUGAUUUCUUUUGUACUUAAGUGACACGUUCGUUCGUGAACCACGAGAGGUCUCCGUCUCAACGAAGCUCGAAACGCUUCGGUCUAGUUUAACUUAAAUACAUACGUAUCGUGUAUAUACGUAGCCGUAAAAACGUGCUACACGUCGGAUAGUUCCGAAAACGCGACUUUCGAAAAAGAAAAUCAGUGCCUUUGGGAACGACGCGAACACGUCGUAUCCUGUUUAUAGGGCACAGUCUAAAUUC